UCCCAACGAAGCAGCAGCAGCAGCAGCAGCAGCAGCAGAGCGAGCUUAACUAGCUCUCUGCUCUUCCUCUUCUCAGCUUCGGGAAGAGGCUGAGCUCGACCUUCUUCGGCUAUCUAGCAAUGGCCGCCGCCGGCGCUCUUGCUGCUCCGGCCAUGGCGCUGCUGCUGGUGGCGGCAAUGGCGGCAGUGUCGCCGUCCGGCGCGCAGCCUUCGCCUGGGUACUACCCGAGCUCGGUGCACAGGGCGAUGGCGUUCUCCCGCGACUACACCAACAAGUGGGGCCCGCAGCACCAGACGCUCUCCGCCGACCAGUCCUCCCUCACCAUCUGGCUCGACAAGACCUGCGGGAGUGGAUUCAAGUCAAAGAAUUCGUACAGGAACGGGUACUUCGCAGCUCGCGUUAAGCUCCCCGCCGGCUACACCGCAGGCACCAACACCGCCUUCUACCUGUCGAACAACGAGGCGCACCCGGGGUUCCACGACGAGAUCGACAUGGAGUUCCUGGGCACCAUCCCCGGCGAGCCCUACACGCUCCAGACCAACGUCUACGUCCGCGGCAGCGGCGACGGCCGCAUCGUCGGCCGCGAGAUGCGCUUCCACCUCUGGUUCGACCCCACCGCCGACUUCCACCACUACGCCAUCCUCUGGAACCCCGACGCCAUCACGUUUUUCGUGGACGACGUGCCGAUAAGGAGGUACGAGAGGAAGAGCGAGCUGACGUUCCCGGACCGGCCGAUGUGGGUGUACGGCUCCAUCUGGGACGCAUCGGACUGGGCCACCGACGACGGCCGCCACCGCGCCGACUACCGCUACCAGCCGUUCGUCGCGCGCUUCGACCGCUUCACCGUCGCCGGGUGCAGCCCCGCGGCGCCCGCCACCUGCCGCCCCGUCCCGGCCUCCCCCGCCGGCGCCGGCCUCACGCCGCGCCAGUACGCCGCCAUGCGGUGGGCGCAGCAGGGCCACAUGGUGUACUACUACUGCCAGGACUUCCGCCGCGACCACUCCCUCACGCCGGAGUGCUAGCUUCUCGUCGUCGGUCGUCUUCUUCUCCGUCUCCGGCCAUGCCUAUGCAUGCAUCCAAUCCAGCCGCGGCGCUAGCUACCUACCUACCAGCUGCGUUGCCGUGCUGAUUCGUGCGGUUUUUUCUUUCUUUUUUUUCGUUUAAUGCCGCGCUGCCCUACCGCUGCUGCCGCCUCUGCCUGUGACGAGGCCGGCCCGGUGGUUGAGGCGUUGGUUGGUCGUUUCGUCGGUUCAUUGGCAUAUUGCCAAAAAGGCACUCGUCGUUUGCUAUUUUUUUCCUCUGCCGUUUUUUUUUUAACUUUUGGCUGGCUUGUAUUUUGCUUGUUAUAUGGUCCUUUCCUCUUUUAUUUUUUUGAUUUUCAUUUCACAUGCAUUGGUGCGCGCGUGCGUGCCCCAAAGGGGUAGAGUAAGAGGUGAUGGUGCAUGAUCCGUGAUGCCAUCGUGCACCCUCGCCGUACACACAGGAUAUAUAUUUGUAAUAUUGACAUGUAUCGUGUUGUCGGUAAUGAUAUUUGUGAUAUGAACCACUGGAAUUUAUGUGGUUCGUUUGUGUUAUAUGUGUUCUUUUCUCAGAAAGAUUGAUAUAUCAAUUUUUUUCAUAUCUAUAAAUUCAGUUUAAU